CGAGGAGCACAGUUAAAGCCAAGAAGUGAAACAUGCGUCAUUUGGUGGUAGUGAUGUUAUUGAUGGCCCUGACAGCGGUUGCAGCCAAAUUGCAGUUGGAAGAGAAUUAUGGGACAGCGGGCAGUGAGGAUAUAUACUUACAGCCUGACAGCAUUGAAGAACAAUUCGAUGAAUACGGUUAUGCAGAUGAAAAUGAAGAUGAGGAUGAUGGGCAGCAGGAUCAGGAUCAGGAGUCUGAGCAGCAAGAGCUGGGCGACAACCUGGACGCAAUUGGAGAAGAUGAAUCCAGCUGCGAGUACAGUUGUCCCCGCUAUUAUCGUCCCGUCUGUGUGAGUCGCAAUGGACAAUUAAUCACAUUUGCUACUCCCUGCGAAUACCACAAUCAGUUGCGUUGCGCCAAUGUGGCCAAGAGGCAACAUGGCCAAGACGCUCCCAUAUUUCAAUUAAUGUACAAUAAUGCAUGCAGAGUUUGAGAUUGAAUCACAAUUUUCAUUUCUUAAAUUCAUCAUCAUUAUUAUUAUAAAUUUUAAAUAGUUUUUGUUCAAAAGCUUAUUUUGUUGGUCACUUAAAAAAUAAAUUAAAACAAAAUAAUUGAGCUUUGGCCUAACAAA